AUGUUAAAUAAGGCACCGACUCCUUGUGAAGGAAACGAUGAUUGCUUGGAUUUCGGUAACGACUCUACAUGUGGUGAAGAUGGUUUUUGCAUAUGUAACUCCAGUAAAAUUUGUAUAGGCAAAACUGGCGUGGUUGUCACAAAAGUUGGGUUGGAAUGUGUGCGUAACAACGAUUGCAAGAUUGAACAAGCAGAAUGUAGCGACGGUAAAUGUAUGUGCAAGACUGAGCAUGUGGCAUCGCCUGAUGAAAAAACUUGUUUAAAAAUUUCAGAAGGAAUCGGAAGCAGUUGUGAAGACAGCGUGCAAUGUUACUCAAAGAUUCAAUUCAGCGGUUGUCAACAUAAUAAAUGUGUGUGCCAACAGCAUACUCAUGAAUACAAUGGGUCAUGUUACAGAGACGUUGAACUAGAUCAAAAUUGUAAUAACGAUGGCGAAUGUGCCUUCGUACCUUUCUCAGAAUGCCUCAAUUCAAAAUGCAGUUGUAUGAAAAGGUACGUUGCAAGCAUUAAGGGUUCUAGGUGUCUUCCAUUGGCUGAAGGAUUAAGGUCAUCCUGUGUAGAUAACGCUCAGUGCACUGAGAUAUUAGGAAGUGGAUCAGAAUGCUCGAAAGGAAUCUGCGAUUGCAAAGAAAUGUAUCAGUUCAACAAUAAAACAAAUAAAUGCAUCAUAGAUAUACUUCUCGGAGAGAUUUGUCAAAAACACAGCGAUUGUCACGAACCUCUUCGGGAAGCAAGUCGCUUGGAAUGCAUUUUAGGCGAAUGCAAAUGUAAAUCUUUCUACACAGAGGUGAAUGGGUACUGCAUAAGUUCAUCGGAGAAUCAGAUCCAUUCAUUGAUAAUAAUUAUUUUUCAUGUGGUAUUUCUACGGAUAUUCUUAUAGUACUUCUA